AUGGCGGGUAUUGUCAAUAAGCCUCUAAGCAUUUUCCGCCGCCCAGAAUCCCCCAAGCCUCUCCACAAUAGAUGGGGAGACGUGGAUAUCUCGGUGCCCACAGAUGGCUCAUGGAACCAAUAUGAUAACCCUCAUCGACCACCCCCAGAGAGACAGUCCUAUGGGCCUGGGUUCGUACCGGAUUGUUCACCGUCAGAACGAGUCCACGGCACCGCAGGCAGCAAUGCUACGAGAGAAAGCGUGCUGCGGAGCGGGGACGCUGACGAAGACAACAAAAGUACCGCAACAAAUCGAACCUCGAUCAUGUCUCUAUCGAGGCAAAACUCGCUUUCCCUUGGAGGGUUACGACCUUCAAGACUUUCUGUUCGGCUAGCAUCUCGGCCGAAGCACCUAAGAGGCGAAUCGUCCCUGGACAGAGCAAGCCACGAUGUCGAGCACAAGAAGGCGGAGUUUGCCUACAAACCAAUCCACCAAGACUACCCUGCCGAGAUAUCUGACAAGGGUGAGCGAUCAACCCACCGCUAUCGCUACAUCCCCACAAAUGGACGAUAUCUUGAGGAUAUCCCUUCCCCUCGAAGUCCACGGAGCCAAUCAGCCACAUCCUUCCGUGGCUUACAUACUCGUCGAGACUCAUUCUCCGAGUCACCAGAAAAUCAGGAACGAGAACGUGGCCGUGACCAGACGAGGCUCAAUUCGCGACUGAGUUACUACCCAGACGAUGACCGCCAAAGUGUGCGGUCUAGUAUCGCCGGUAGCUCUGAUAGUUCUGGGUCUGGGUCUGGGUCUAGAAUGAGCUUUGCAUUACCGCCGAGACGUAGGACUUCGCCAUUUGUUGCGGCUGAUCGGAAGAGGUCGUCGUCCCUGAGACCGAUGACUUUGGCAAUGGUACCUGAUCCGGAGGACCUUUAUGAAUGA